AGGCGGCAGGCGCCAGGGCACCUCGCAGAAGACGAGUCCUUCCGCGCCAGCGCCGCAACACUCGACUGCCAGCGCGAUGGGCGGGAGCCAGAGCAGUGGCGCGACUGGGUCACACAACGGGUCAUGGGUCGUGGACACUGGCAACUUCACCACGCUGGGCCCGCUGCCGUGGUGCGGCGUGCUGCAGAGCCCGCAGCACCUGCUGUUCCAGCUGGCCAACGCCUGCUUCGUCAUCUCCUACGCGGCGCCCAGCAGCCCCUACGGCGUGCUCUUCAUGCACUCCGCGCUCAUACUCGGGUUCAUGCUGUUCUCGUUCUGGGCGUGGAACGUGAUCUGCGCGCCCGACGUCUUCUCGUGGAACUUCAGCUUCAUGCUGCUGAACAUGGGCCAGCUGGUCUACAUCAUCUACCAGAUGCGGCCCGUCAAGUUCGACCCGGAGCUCGAGGAGGCCUACCAUACGCUCUUCGAGCCGUUCAAGGUGUCGCGACUCCAGUUCAAGAAGAUGGUGAGCGCCGAAUUCGCCCAGAUCAUGUCGCUGCACGCCGGCGAGGCGUACGCCAUGCAGAACAUCACGCGGACCGACCGCCUGGGACUGCUGCUCUCUGGAAAGGUGAACGUGAUGUGGGACCACCAGUUCCUGCAUCCCAUCAUGCCGUGCGAGUUCCUCGACUCGCCUGAAUUUGAGUCCAGUCGGGCCACCACCGACGAGAAGUUCAAGGUGUCGAUCAUCGCGGCGACGAGCUGCCGCUACCUGUACUGGCAGCGGUCGGCGCUGGAGUACCUGUUCGUCAAGGAGACGUACCUGGCGACCGUGCUCAGCACGCUGGUGGCGCGCGACAUCACCGUCAAGCUCUACUCCAUGAACAGGAAGAUCGUGACGGAGAAGGGCUCGCACCUGGACAUCCGGCUGCCCAGCAUCACGUCGUCGCUGACGUCAGAGCUGCGCAGCCCGCCGCGCGCCGUGCGCCACAGCACGCUGCUGGCCGGCGGGGCGCCCGUCUCCCCGGACUCAGUGUUCAGCGGCAGCCGUGAGCGACUGUGCCCUAAGGAGAACGGCCUGGGGUCGCUGUUGGCCAACGGCCGGCUGCUGGAGAUGGCGCCCCUGCGCGAGCUGCCGUCCAGGGACCACCUCGACCUGCCGGACGUCACCAGCGGCGUCGAGCGCUGGCUCGAGUCGGCCGCUGUCGCCGCUGCUCGCAAGUAGCUUCCCCCCGCUGUCCUCUCCACGGCUGGCUGUCAGUCACCUCAUGUGGGGCCGACUACUGGUUCGAUUCGGCCUCUGCCAUCACGGCUCGCAAAUAAAUGCCUCGCGCUUCGAAUCCGGUGGCUAGAUGCAGCUGUCAGAUGACGUCGACUACUGCCUCGAGAGAGCUGCAGUCGCCACAGUUGGCAAGUAGUUGCCGCACGCUGGCCCGUCUGUGGCCACUCGACUAGUGGCUCGAGUCAGCCGUCUUCGCCACGACUCGCAAGUAGCUGUCCUGCACUGAUUCAUCCGGCAGCUACGUGCAGUUGUCAGUAACUGCAAUGUCGACUACUGGCCCAAGUCAGCUGCUGACUGGCUCAAGUCAGCCGCUGUUGCCUCGGAUCUCCAGUAGCAGCCACGCUCUGUCCAGUCCGGUGGCUGUGUCCAGGUGUCAGGCACUGCAAAUGAAUGGUUUCAGUCAGUUGCUGUUUCUGUGGUGACAAAUAGCUGCCACAGUGCUGUUCCAUCUGAUGACACAGGCGACUGUGUGACACCACAAGUAACGUCGAGUGCCUUCUGAAGUCUACCAUUUUCGUUGUGGCCCUCAGGUGACUGCACUAUGCUGUCGUGUCUAACAAGCUCCUGCAUCUGUUAUGUACCACAAGAGAUGUACGGCACUGGUUUGAGUCGUCUGCUGUCACUGUGGCUCCCAAGUGCUGUCCUGCCCUGUGAUCACAUUUAGCUAUAGUGCACCACAAGUGACGUCAACUGCUGGCUCGAAUCAGCCACUGUGGCUCAGUUUGCAAGUAACAGUCCCCACACGGUCCAGUCUAGCAACCACCUGAAAUACACAGAAGACUCACAUGUCAAGUGAUAACUCGAGACAGCCACUGUCGUUGAGUCUUGCAAGUAACUGGCCCACACUGCUCUGUCUCUCAAGCAUCACAACUGUCCUCGAGCAGUGGCUGGAGUAUGGCAUCUGACACACUAGCUGUGAUGCUUCUGCUUCUCGUCACCGCUACAGCCAGCUUCGCACCGGCAUUGCCGUUGAGCACUGCCUCGUGUCUCUACAACUGGCGGGUAGAUACCUACACAAUGCAGGUGGUGCCGAUGGAUAAGCAUAAAUGCUUUGACGACCUCGGCCUUAUUGUCGCUGAUCAGAAGUACGAAACUCUAAAAAGUAAUUUUUCUUGAAGUUUCCAGCUAUACCAAGGGGCUGCCACCAACAUGUUGUAGUGAUCAAUGGCAGCUGCGAUUCACAAGAGGGCCCUCCACAAUGUGUGUGGUACAGUUUCUGUGCGAGAUCGACACAAUGACCAAAGACCUCCUAGACGUCACCAAAGGAGAUUUCUGUCAGCCUCAUCUGGUGCUGUUGCUGCUAUCUGGAAGCAUUUUAAGGUUACAUAUUGGGAAAUGAGCUAGGCCUGCUUGAAACCAGUAAAUAAAUAUGAAAAUAAAAAAGAGGCACGAUGAGUUUUACAACCUUAAUAACAGAAACAAAAGACUCUAACAACAGAAAAGCUAAGCGUGUUUAGUACAUACAAAAAUGGUAAAGUCUCAAUGAAUUGCUUGCCUGCUGCUUGUCUUCAGUAGAAUACGAAAUGUCACAUAAUGUAGAUAAAUGCUAUCAUUUCAGUUGUUAACUAGUAAUGUGUGUCGAUAUAGUGAGGAUUCAGAUGUGAAUACUUUCAAUAACGUAUGGUGAGUGUUCCAGGUCAUCAUAACCUGCACACGGGCCUGCUACAACAACUAUGGUAGUGAUGAGUUCUUCUGCAAGGUGCCUCCGUUAUAAACCAUCAACCAACCAUCAUUCUGGGUGGGGUAUUUCUUACCAUAACGGCUGUGUCACGUGUCCAGCGAUUUUUGUUUCAUUUCUGAUACGUUCUGAAAAUUCUUCCUGUUCACCUUCUGUUCCAAUUCUAGAGAGGGUACGAAAUCACAAGCGGAACAUUUUAUGAGUGGGGUAACAGUGAAAACCAGUUUUACAAUGCUUCUUGCCACUGGGCAGUCUGUGAGUGAGAUGCUGUUGUAGGGAGCAGGCUUUCCCUGCUACACUGCAGGACGCUUUGCUCCGCAACGACUCAUACAAUCUCCAGAGCACUUGAAAGCCUGAAAAUUGUGGUAUAUAGACGACAAACACAUGGACUAGAAAGAAAAUGAAUGUUGCUUUUUACCUUGUCUCCCACCCAUUUGUGUUCUUUGGUUGUACUGAUGUAGCAGUGCCGCAGCAACAAUUUUUGUUUAAUUUAUGGCCCUACCCAUAACACUACGACUCCCAAAGAUUUCUGACUAAACCUCAUCCUUAGCAAAAUGUCCUGCUGUCCCAACUACUGCAAAAUAGCUGAUUAUAUAAACAGCCUUUGUGUAAAUGAAGACUUAACUUACCUGUUGUUUCUGCUAUCACGCCUGUUGCUCAGCUGAAUGAAACAGUGUGUAAUAUAGCCAUCUGUCAGAAGAACUAAUUACUAUUGCACGUCCAUCCAUAAAAAUGGAGUUCCAGUUAUGUUGUCUCUCCCCUUGUACAGAUACUUUCUUAAUGGGGAACCAGUCUCCAGAUCUGAAACAGACAAACAGAUCCAAAAGGCAAUGUACACUUAUAAUCACAAUCCACAUGUAAGAAAAUGCACUGCCUAAAGAUGUAUACUUGAAUAAACGAUAAGAGAGGACUAACAUGCAACUGCAACUUACAAAGACGUGACUGAAUGAACACAUAUAUGUUUCUAAUAAUCAUGAUACUUCAAACAUAGAAGUGACGAUAUUAUGGAAUUUCGUGGUCUUCUUGGAUGCAGGAUGUCAAUAAACUGCCCUCCAAAAUUGGCACCAGACAAAAUGAUGUAUGACUGUCAGAUGCAGUUACAUAGACAGAAAAGCUGCAGUUAUAAAUGACUUUUCCAACACAUCUUCCAGGUAAUGAAUGUUUGUAACAUAGGAAUAAUUACAUGUGCAAUUUAUUGUCUACUAUUUGCAGUGCUUUGUGAUACACUGUUGUAUUAUUUUACUAUAA